AGAGAUGUCUCAACUCUAAGUUAGAAUUUUCCUUUUCCCGUUGUUAUAUUGAGAAGAAGUAAAUGGGCAAGUAAGAACAAACACGACAGGGGGUAACAAAAAGUCAUCAAUCCAUCAUUCCUUCUUUCCUUCUUCUUCCAUCCUCGAAACUUUGAAACCAGCUCUCAUAUAUACUAGCUACAUUCUGUGGAACUGAUCUAUAGCGCUGACUCUGUUGAACCACUUUUAUCUCUCUUGUCUUCUCCUUUCCACUCUCUCUCAAAGAGUUUCCGCUUUCAGAUUAGUAUCAACUGCUCCUCUUUAGAUCCCAACCAAGGUCAUUCUUGGUGCCGUUCCGGAUCAGAACCUGGACUUUGCCAACCCCUUAUUGUGCUUGAUUAGAGGCUUUGUAGGACAUGAAUAGUGGGACUAGUGAAUCACUAGACCCAACCUAUUUUGCUGAUGGUGCAAUAAACUACGAGUCGGGUGAUUUUGAAUGCAAUAUCUGCUUUGACUUGGCUCAUGACCCAAUAGUGACACUCUGUGGCCACCUUUACUGUUGGCCGUGUCUCUACCAAUGGCUUCAAGUUCAUUCACGCUCUCACGAAUGCCCCGUCUGCAAAGCCAUCAUAAAGGAGGAAAGAUUGGUUCCCAUAUAUGGAAGAGGCAAAGCGUCUUCUGACCCUCGGACGCGUUUGGUUCCUCAAAUCCAAAACUAUUCCCGACAAGAGAACGAGAUAGACUCUGUCGCGAAUUUCAUGCAAAUGCCAAAUGAGAGGCUUGGGAGCUUAACACUGUCUUCUCUUUUUGGGGCCAUUCCUUCCCUUUUAAACCUUCACGUGAACGGAUUUCAUGAUGCCACUGUCUAUGGGGCAACAACAGGAGUUCCUUACCUGUUUUCAAGUUCGUUUCACGGAGGCUAUUCUCACGGGUUUUAUUAUCAUGGAUCACCUCUGGACGGGACAAAGUUUUUCCUGAAAAUAUUCCUAUACAUUGCCGGAUUUCUGGUAAUUGUUUGUUUGUUUUUAUAGGUUAUCAUUCUCCAGGUUUAGAAUGUAGAAUCAAAUAAUUAUGUAGUUGUAAUAUAUAAGCAAGCGUAAGAGACCUCUUACAUGGGGUCCUAUGAUAACAGUGGCAGAUUUUCUCCAAUUCUUGAAGUUUUGUUGUAUAACGAUGUAAUUGAAGGUUGUCAUACUUUUAUAUUGAUUAUUAGGGAUGG